AUGAACGCCAACGCAGACUUUCGGUUUGGUGUGUACUGCGGCAUUGGCGCCACUCUCGGUGUCUUGCUGAUCGUCCUUGGUGCUCUGCUGCUUUUCUGGCGCCGGCACCAUCGACGAGCACCGGCAUUGCAUGACGGCUACCUCGAGCACACGCAGGAUACGGCUACGGAUGCGCGCACGCAGUCGCAGCCACGCCGCCGACGCCCACAGCGCGCCCUUGGCCAACGUGAGGCUGGUCCCGAGCUCGACAUUGCCGCGCUUCGGCCGUACAAGCUUGCGCUGCACGAGCUCACGACAGUCUCGCAGCGGCCGCUCGGCGCAGGUGCGUUUGGCGAAGUCUGGCUCGGUCGGUACAAGACGCAGCUCGUCGCUAUCAAGCGCGUCAAGAGCCGAAGCAAGAAGCAUGUCGCCGGCUUUAUCGACGAAAUCAAGCUUGUCGCCAGCCUCGACCACGACUGCAUCGUCGCUUUCGUCGGCGCGAGCUGGCGCCGGCCCAUUGACGUCGAGUGCGUGACCGAGUACAUGGACCAAGGCGACCUCCGCUCGUACCUCGGCCGACAGUCGUCCGCGGCCUUUGCGUGGGACGCCAAGCUCGACUCGAUUGGUCGCGUUGUCCAGGGUCUCGUUUACCUUCACAGCUGCGACCCGCCAAUCAUCCACCGCGACCUCAAGUCGCGCAACGUCCUUCUCGACUCGGUCAAGGGCACGAAGCUCACCGACUUUGGCGUCGCACGGGGCUGUGACGACGAUGACGAUGUGCUGACGAGCUGCAUUGGCACCCACCAGUGGAUGGCGCCCGAGAUCAUCCUUGGCACAUUUUACAACACGUCGGCCGACGUCUACUCGUUUGAGGACCUCCGGAAUUCGCUUGGCAUUUAG